GUAUCACCAUGAUGAUUCAUUUGCCUCCCUUGGUAACAGUAAGCCAUACGUUAUAAUCAGCCUAGGGCCCUCGAGUACUAACUGCACAGCAUUUCUAUUACAAUAUCGAUUACCACAUAGUAACUCCGCAUAGAGAAGAACAACCAAGGCGCAUCGGCCCGAGGAUUUUCCUCCCAACCGGCCAAGGCGGUCAGGUGAUUUAUGCCAAAAUAUCUGCUUUUCUAGCGAUACCGCUGACUGUCCCAUCCUCCUAGCACGACAGCUCCAUAUCACUUCCUUCACCUGCAAUUGCUCACUUUUUUCUUAAAAGCUCUCCCUUCACAAUGUUCCAGCGCACCAUCCUCAGACAGGCUCAAGCCGCCCGCUCUCUCCUUUCCGUCCGUUCGACGUCUUCAGCACCAUCGGCGCUCCGCCGCACGUCACAAUUCCAGCCGCAAUCCCUCCGUCCACUUGCUCCUUUGCCUGGCUUGCGCAACUAUUCCACAGAGAACAAGGCCGAAGAGGGCAAGCAGGAGAAGAAUGAGAAUGCUGAAUCGGAGUCCCAGAGCCCCGAGGAUGCCGUUCGUAAGGAGCUUGAAAAGAAGGAGAAGGAGGUUGUUGAUUUGAAGGACAAGUAUGUCCGCUCAGUCGCAGACUUCCUCAACCUCCAGGAGCGCACCAAGCGUGAUAUGGACAACGCGCGCAACUUCGCUAUCCAACGCUUUGCCGUUGAUCUCCUCGAGAGCAUUGACAACUUCGACCGUGCCCUCCUGGCUGUGCCCGAGGCCAAGCUCAACUCCAACGAGCCUGAACACAAGGACAUUAAGGAUCUCGUCUCCGGUCUGAAAAUGACUCAGAAUAUUUUGAUGAACGCCCUCAAGAAGCACGGUCUGGAGAGGUUCGACCCAAGCGAGCCUGCUGAAGACGGCAAGACCCAGAAGUUCGACCCCAACAUGCACGAGGCUACCUUCAUGGCCAAGGCUGAGGGCAAGGAGAACGGUGAGAUCAUGUACACUCAGAGCAAGGGCUUCAGGCUGAACGGCCGUGUCUUGAGAGCUGCCAAGGUCGGCGUUGUCAAGAACGACUAAAUCAAUCACCCAUACAAGCAUGUCGACUCCAAUCUCCCCGAAACGCAACUUUACAAUCUCUUAUUCUACUUGUAUAAUAUA